AAAAUAUAAUGAUUUGUUCUUUAAUAAAAAAAGAAAUGGACAAAUUCCUGCUUUGAUUAGGAAAUCACUGCUAAAUCGCUGUGGUGUAAGAGGAAUAAAACACUUGGGGGUGUGCUGUUAUAGGAAAAUAACUUCAGGAUGGUAACAGUAACUCCACUUUGUUGCUGAUUUAUUCCUUAUUUAAUCAUGGGUAAUUAUUUACAUUUCUCUUCAUGGGUUAUAGUGUAGAGUGAAUUGUGGGAGGAGUUUAACCCGCUGUAAUCCAUGCGCUCCAAUCUGGCAACCCAGCCCUGGCGUGUGAUUUUUUUUUCUCCUCUACUGCGACUCGAGGCUUUGGCUUGUGUGGAGUCCGGACGCAGAGGCUCCUCAGCGGCUCCUCAGCGGCUCCUCAGCGGCUCCUCAGCAGCUCCUCAGCGGCUCCUCAUUACGUUAGCAGAGCGCUUAUAACGCGUCGGCUUCGCUGCGCUCCCGCAGACGGAACUCCGGAGAGACGGUGGAUGUUAAACGCGACUGCUGAUUCAUGUGUAAUUUCUUUUAACACGCAGUAGAUCCACGAAGCUCGCCGUCGUCCUGCGCCUCAUCGUCGCCUGAUGUUGAAGUCAUCCUGCGCGGCUCUUAAGGCAGAUUUCCCCGACAGCUCUCCCGGCUGAAGAAUCGACCCCGCCGCGGCUUUCAUGGCGCUCAGUUCUCCAUGAUCUCUGAGCUCUGAUUUCGUCCAUGAUCCGGAUGAGCUUCUCCAGAGCCGCUGCUUCUUCAUGCAUGUGAUCUGAUUCAUUCCACGGCUGCUGAAGGGUGUUGAUGGAGAGCUUUUCGAAUGACAGCCGGGACAGUGGUCAUCACAGGCGGGAUUCUAGCUACAGUAAUCUUACUGUGCAUCAUCGCAGUACUGUGCUACUGUAGACUGCAGUAUUAUUGCUGUAAGAAGGAGGAGUCCGAGUCGGAGGAGGAGGAGCCUGACUUUGCCGUGACGUCUCGUCUGCCGCCUAUACACUCCAACCACAACAUCCUGGCUCCUGCCGUCCCCGCGGCGCCCACCCCCAACGGGCCGGCCCUGUUCACGCCCCCGCCGCCGGCGCGCAAGCUGACCCGCUCGCAGACGUUCUGCCCGUCCUGCACGCACUACGACAUGCCCUUCUACCUGCAGCAGCCGGACGGCCUGAGGAACGGCGGCGAGCGUCUGAGCUUCCGCAGCGUCCAGCAGCCCGAGCUGGAGCUGCCCACGCCGCUGCCCAACUACCACAAGCUCAACCUGAACCGCUCCGUCACCAUGAGACAGAUGUUCACACGCAGCUGCAGCAUCAGCACCGACGUCUAGCGCAUGGAGAGCGUCUGACCUGCGCCCCCUGCAGGCCUGGAGGUCCAAACACAGGCCAAUGUGGACGCUCAGUUAGAGCUUGGGCUCAGUGAACGCUCGAUGCAGCGUAAAGUUUUACUACACAAACAGACAAGAUGAAAAGGUAUGAAGAUUAAAUGUUGGAAAAGGAUAGAUAAAAUGAAAUAUUCCCGAUCUCUGGUGUUGGUUUGGAGAAUUGAAGAAAAAAGGGCUUGGGAGAGGUUGUGUGAUCGUUUCAUUUUAUUAAAGAAAAGCAAAACGGUUGACGUCACUUUCUUUUGUACAUAUAACUUGUCAUUUUUGUAUCGUCUGUGCGUGCACGUGUGUGUGUGUGUGUGUGUGCGUGCGUGUGUGUGUGUGUGUGUGUAUGGAUGAUGUGACGGUUGAUAUUUUAUCAGGAUUAUAUCGUAAAAUAAAAAUGAAAAAAAAAAAAAAAAACAACCAACUGAAGAGAAAACACAAGCUCUAAUCUGGGCUGCAAUAAAAUAUUUGAAAUAAAUGUAAUGUAAAAAAAUAAACAGGACAAAAACAUGGACUUUGAUUUUAUUUCUUAAAUUUCCACUACAGUGUGUUAAUCCAGAAACAGAUAGAUGUUUUUAUCUUUCUCUUAUUAGAAAGUCUUUCUUCUGUUUAGAAAUUUUACUGUUUUAUCUGGAACAUUUUCAUCUUUUCUUCAUGAAGAGAAGCGCGAGGUCGCUGAGUUCGCCGGAUUCACGGGAAUUAUUUAAAGACUUUCUCACACAGCGUGAAGCUUUGACGCGGCUUGGACUCGGAUUAUAAGGGCUACUCGCUCUUUCUAAACUCUGAUGGACUGAAUUUGGUUUAUUACGAGCCUGACUUUGUGUGUUGCUCUUCUUUCACAGUACUGAUAUAACAGACAAAAUGACUGACUUAUUCUUCUGAAUUAUUUUGUAUGAAGGCCUUGAGUUACAGAAAUAAUUCAUUUUUAAUAUUUCAUAUUUAUUCUUUGCAGGUUUAACAGUGAGAUUUUGUCCUAAUGGUGAUUAUUUGACUUUCGCAAGCACCAUGUAGUCGUACUGUGUGUGUCCUUUCACACACACACACACACACUCUCUCUCUCUCUCUUUAGGCCAGAUAAGACAAGCAAGUGCAAUGAAUUUAGGAGAAAUUAGUAAGUAUUAUUAUUAUUAUUAUUAUUAUUAUUAUUAUUAUUAGAUAUACUCAUUGCUGCUUUGCUGUACAUUAAUGCUAUUUUUGGGUUUCAUGUUCCUGAAGUGAUGUCACGUUUUAACCUGUACAACUAUGAACACGAUGUUGAUAAUAAAACUGGAGAAAAUCUGAGAUUAUUUCAUGUGUAUUAAGUGAAUUAAGAGUGAUGGGUUGCCAGAUCAUCAGCCCAAUAAUCAAGAAAACACAUCUGAAGCCAAAACUAGAAAACCAGACACUCACAAACCUGGAACUAAACUCCAACAGCAUAAAUAAAACUGUAAAUAUUUCCAAAGUAAUAUAGUGGGAUGGAAUUUUAAUGAAGAAGCUAAAACAUGCAGUUUGUCUUAAACAUCAAAAAUAGUCUCAUUAGUACACAGUAUAGUUUUAUAAAUAAAGAAAACUAUACAUAAGAAUUAUUAAACCUGUUAACUAACUCACAACUAUCACAUUUAUACAGUAAAAUUAAGUUUAAUAUUAUUUUUAAUUCUUAUAUCAUUUUUUCCCCCUGAUACUUCACCUGUUUAUGAAAUAAAAAUAAUUCACAACAUUUUAAUAACCAUGAAACUCCAGGUUCAUUACUUGUCUUGCAAAACAUUAAUAAUAACUUUACACAAAACAUCCCACAAACA